UUAAAGGUAGCCAGUGGCCAGGAGGAGCAGAUCUUCCCCUAGAGGCACAAACCACCGGAGGGACCCGCUUCUGCCCGUCCGGAGAGCGCGCCUGGCCCGCCCAUGGCUAGCAACAACACUGCUAGCAUAGCCCAAGCCCGCAAGCUGGUGGAGCAGCUGAAGAUGGAGGCCAACAUCGACAGGAUAAAGGUGUCAAAAGCAGCAGCAGACCUGAUGGCAUACUGUGAAGCCCACGCCAAGGAGGACCCUCUAUUGACCCCCGUCCCGGCCUCAGAAAACCCCUUUAGAGAGAAGAAGUUCUUCUGCGUGAUCCUGUAAACCCUUGAGGAGCCUGACCGGCACUCAGGCCACCCUGAACACUGAUGUAGAGUUUUUAGGAACGGGGACGACCUGCUAGUCCGCAGAAUUUAAACAAAAAUAAGUAAAAUACACGGCCUGGAAGCUACAGGGAUGUGCAUGUUUUUAAAGAACCUGGCCACCUUUGGGGGAAUAAGAUGAUCUGCAUUGCAAGGCAAAAGAUCUGAAGUCUGUAGAGUUGCCUAGAAAGAAAGGAUAAAAAAAAAAAAAACAAAAAACACAAAAAAACAAAACAAAACAAAAAAAAUAUGUAAAGAAUAAAUUUAUGUCACUUUUCU